AUGCCCACCCCUCGAGCCUACUACUCACGCGGUCCAGGCAAGCACCAAUCGACACUCAGCUUCCACACAAGGGUCAGCAAGAAUGUCGCACACGACGUUAAGGGCAAGAAUACCACAUCCAUCCCGAACAUCCCAACCAGGGUCGAUGUCGAACCGCCUCACGAUGAUGACGUAGCUGUCGAUAUCCUAUCCAAACACAGGGAGGAGCCGAAAGAGAAGGAAGAAGAAGAAGAAGAAGAAGAAGAAGAAGAGGCAACUAAAGAGGAAGUAGAGCUCCCUCGCAAGUCAGAGGCAGUAGUCAGGGCGGAGAAUGUGACGGACAAGGCUAUUGAACAGUACUGGAGGGCGAUUGAGAAGGAGAGGAUCGCACCACGCGUGCACCAGGGUGACCUCGGGCGCAACGAGAAGAUACUGCGCUACUUUGACGUCAGCUCACGUUACGGGCCAUGCAUCGGUAUGAGUAGGAUGAGGCGCUGGGAGCGGGCUGAACGUCUUGGACUGAACCCGCCGGUCGAGGUACUUGCCGUGCUUCUCAGGGAGGACGAGGCCCACGCCAAGGGCGUGCAGACGUCGCACAUGGAGAAGCUCAUGGGUGCUACGGCGGUUGGGUCGAAUGUUUGA